UUGCCACUCAAGUCAUUGCAGCAUGAUCAGUGAACACCCCGGCGGACGACAUGGGAUAGACUCAGAUGCGCGCAUCACAAUCCCUUCGCACCCCGUUUACCCAGAGGAGAGUCCAAGGCGCAGCAGCCACUAGUGCGAUAACAGCUCCACGACCACGACCCAAGUGAAUGAAUGGCCCGCGCCAUGACACCUUGACUGGUGGUAGUUUAUUCCAUGCAUGAGAUGAUGCCAUGUAUAUGUACGGCAUCGGCAACCAGGGCAAGAUCAUGCGCAAGCUGCUAGGGAAGGGGACCCCUAAUUCGGCCCACGAUGAGCCGGCUGCGGCAGCCAUCACCAGUUCGCCGCUUGCGCCGCACUACCGCCCGACGGCAUCGCAAGAUGUGGUCUACGAUGCUGGCGUGCCGAUCGCUUGCCUCGAUAGCUCCCCCGACGGGCGCUCCGCCGUGCUCGCCGGCCGACAUAUUUUGAAGACGGUGACAUUCGACGGCCUCUCGAUCAAGGAGGGUGUCGACCUCCGCGCUCUGCUUGCCGCGCAACCCUCUCAGCGGAACAACAUCCCCACCUCUGCCGCCGACCAACUCUCCAUCAAGGCCGCCAAGUGGGGAGAGUCGCAGGGCAAGCAGGCCAUCUUCACCGCUGGCUCCAACGGCAAGAUCUUCCAGUACGAUCUCGUGCGUGCCGGGGCCACUGGCCUUGGCGCCCCGGUCGACUGCGUUCAGAUCCGCGAAGACUCGCGCCAGAUCAACUCGCUCGACAUCAACCCUCACCGGAACUCGUGGCUCCUGUCGGGCAGCCAGGACGGCAUCGUGCGCUGCUUCGAUGUGCGCCAGCCCACGCAGACCAGGACCGGCGCCACCUUCCGGUCCAUCCAAGCCUUCAAGUGCAACGCGGACGGCGUGCACCAUGUCCAGUGGAACCCAAGGGAUGGCUUCCUCUUCGCCUGCGCGACCGAGCAGGGCUCCGUGCUGAAGUGGGACAUGCGUAAGCCCAGUGCGCCGCUCCUGCGCAUCACGGCUCACAAGAAGUCGUGCACGUCGAUGGCUUGGCACCCGGACGGCAUCCACCUCGUCAGCGCAGGGCUGGACAGCAAGUGCAACAUCUGGGACAUGUCCAAGCAGGACAAGCGGCAGAAGCCCAAGUGGACAUUGUCGACUCCGGCACCCGCCGGCACGCUUGCCUGGCGUCCCGGCCAGUGGUCAGCCACCGCCCAGGGGAAGCGCGCCUCGCAACUGGCCAUGUCCUAUGACGAAAGCGGCCAGAAGCGCUACGGAAUCAGUGUGGUACACGUCUGGGAUCUCGCGCGGCCCACCAUGCCCUACAAGGAGAUCCAACGGUUCGAUAGCUCGCCCAGUGGCAUGCUCUGGCACGACCAGUACCUCCUGUGGACGGCGGGACAAGAUGGACUCUUCAGCCAGUGCGACAUCUCAUUUGCGCCGAAGGUCAUCGACCGCCAGGCUGUGUCAACCAUGGCCUUCUCCCCGCGGGGUGACGUACUGAUGCUGCUCGAUGAGCGACCUCCCCCCCACCGUCCCCGACCACAUCUUCUGCACCACGAUGCCGUGGGGGUCCCGGCCUACAGCUCCAGUCCCACAACGCCCAAGUUCAGCGUCAGUAGGAGCGAUUCUGAGGAUGACGCCAUCGGCACCUUCAUUGGGCCCAGACGGCGUGGCAGCCGGAGGCGGCGCCCUAGCACCCGAUCCACAGCCACGCUUAGUACGACGCCCCCAGCUGGCCCGGGUAUGGACGAGGUAAUGUCACUUGAGCAGACCAUCAAAGCCUCCGGCACCUACAGGCCCCAGCAGGCCAUGGCAGUUGGCCACGCCCCGGCCGCUGCCAAUGUGGAGGUGUAUGGAUACUUGGCGGUGAACUACCUCGAAGCACUCCACAGGGACCUCCCCUUCUCAGCCGGGGCGGGUCCCUUGCCGGACAGGGUCGCGACGAUUCUCGAACAUUACGCCAGGGCCGCCGCCAACGUGAAGCAAUUCCGGCUCGCACAGACAUGGCGCAUCCUUGCCUACGCAGCGGACAUGCUGCUUCACAGGCGGGCACAGUAUCACCUUGCACGCCGCCUGGAACACCACCACCACUCGGUGAAAAAGAAAAACGAGGCCAAAGCAAAGGCGAAGGCCGAUGCACUGACCAGAUUGUUUGAUCUGCCGGUACAGACCAGCAUCAACGGAGAAGAGACGCCGCGCAAGGUCGCGCCCACCAUAGGCUUAGACAACGCGCUGCCCCCCAGAUCUCUACUCUCGGAAGAGCUCGAAAGCACCUCCAAUGUCCCCACUCCCGUCGCCCGCCCGGUACCGGAUCGCUCGGGUGUCGGCGCAAACGAUGUGAGACUACAUAUUCCCAGCCCCGCUGCCGUCGCCGAGCCAGAACACUUCGACCUGCCUCCAGCACUCCAUCCGCAUUCCCUGGCGAGGCGGGGGCGCCUCAACUCGGAGCCUCUCUCCAUUGCAAGUCAUGACAGUGGAGCCACUCGCGCAAGCACAGAGGGGUACGACUUCUAUGACACGGAAGCAAUCUCCAAAGCCAUAGAUGUUCCCAGUCCAAGACCAACGCCCACUCAACUGCUCGAGCAUGAUUCCCCUGAAGCUCUGCAUCAAGACCGGCAGCCUCUCUUUCGACACGACUCUGAGGACAGCUACGCUCACUUAUUUUCUAUCUCCCAGGGCAGUAGACGAGCUACAGACCUGACUGUCUCAUCGGACAGCAGCUUCCCAGGGCAAGCAACUAGAGCCGCCAUCCUCGCUCAACUCCGAAACGGCGAUGCGGAGGAAUUUGAGAGCCGUAUACGGGGCGAGAAGCUUGGCACGUCCCCCGAACGCAGCGUUGCCGCGCCUCCGCAAAGGAUGCAGCUCGCAAGGACCGAGACGGACAUGACCAACUUCACGGAUGAGCACCAUGCCAUUACGCAGACGACCGAUAGCUUUGAUUCGCAUUUUCCGUCGCAAACUACUGAACCCUGUUUUCCGGCCGAGUCCCCUAUCUCGCAGCAACAUCCGGAGCCAGAAGAAUUCUUGGCUUUCCCCAACGAUGACCCAUCGCCCUUCAUCGUCGAGACAGAUUAUCUAUGCUGGCCCGAUGAUGCCCCAUACCCUUACCCCACACACCCAUCAUCAGGCGUGUCCAUGGCCCUGCCCCUGCAUCCUUAUACGCUAAUCUCGCGCGCUCUAGCUUUCGAGGCCAAGUCCUCGGCGCUCAGCGCGUCUGCGAUCAUCCUCCUGCUCAAACCGCUGCUGCCGGACGAAGUGAUCGACAACUUCCAAGCUGCAGCAAUCCUACGCCAACACUACCACCGCCUCAUGAGUAUGAAGCUCUUCGCCGAAGCCGCGCUGCUCCGGAAGCUCUGCAUGCAGGGCUGGCCGGGCGCCCCCCUCACCAACUGGGGCAAGAACUAUCCCGCAAUAUUCACGCCAGCCCAGGAGGGCGUUCAAGCGAGCUUUGUUUGCACUUCAUGUCAUAAGCCGCGAGACGUAGACCGCACGUCUGCGUCAUCGGAGUCUCUCUGGCACUGUGAGCGGUGCAAAGCCGUCAUGGCGCCAUGUGCGGUGUGUGGAGACAGGGAUACAGCGCCGAAUAUGAUACCCAUACCUUUCGGAAAUGGCGACACCCGCUCCUUCCCAUCAUGGCCGGUCCAGGAGCAGGAACCGGGAUCGGCUGUGCUCACGACGUGGUGGUACUGCCCUGGCUGCGGCCACGGCGGACAUUCCUCGUGCCUACAAUCAUGGCAUUCCGUCCUCGAAUCGGGCGACUACCCCGCCCUAGACGACCCUUCUGGUGCUGAGUCGAGCGACGGCUGCUGUCCGCUGGACGGCUGUGGACACACAUGUUUGCCUAGUAGGCGUGGCGCAGAGAGCGCGCUUGCCAGGACCGAGGAUGUCAGUCGGGUGGUGAGGGAGGCCACGAGGGCGGUUGCCAAGGCGACUGUUGCUGCUGCUGUAGCUGCGGCCGCGGCGGCUGAAACACCUGGUGCAGGGGUCACUUACGGAGGGGGUGAGGCCGGUCUUGCAGGGCAGUUUAGUGAUGAAUACCAUGGCGAUGGUUUUGGCGCUGCUGGCUUUGGCGGAAAACAUGGCGGGGCGUCGGUGCGCAGUGACGGGAAUGAUAUCCCCCAGAGCAGGGCCGUUGAGAGCGUGAGAGGCACCCUGGCCGGCGACGGGGGGUCGGGAAGUGCGUGGAGGACAGGGACUGGCAUUCUCAGCUCGAGCCCUGGGAGGGGCGGCAUCGGGGUCGAGCGGGAAAGGAGGAAGAGUGUCAAGUUUGUUUCUACUGACGAAAGGCGGUAACCCGGGCUGGGUGCUUGCAUUCUGUGCAAUAAUUACUAGCUAAUGCUAGGGAGCCUACCUAGUAUCUGCGCCUUCAGGGCAGGCUAUCUUAGUUGAUUGUACGCAUUGGAUGAACCUCGCUUGGAAAUCUAAGCGGCACAUCUUCCAUAGGCUAAUUUUCCCGAUUCCUCUCU